AUGGACGACGAUGAAGGUCACGAGUCUUUUGAAAUUAAUGAUACGGAUUUUGAGUAUGCUAUGAAUCCUGGCAGACGGCAUUUUCAAUCAAAGGAACAAGCAACUUAUGGUGUCUGGGCACAAGAGGAUAGUGACGAUGAAGACUCUAAAGCGCCAUACAGGAAAAAGGGAAAAUAUACAGCUCCUGUUGGGUUUGUUAGCGGCGGAAUUCAACAAGGCUCCAAGAUUGAUAAAGAUGAUCCUGAAUCAUUAGCCGCUGGCGAAUAUUCAUCGAAAAGAGAGCCUGAGGAAGAAGUGAUUCAGAUCGACUUUAAUAGAAGAACAAAAAAAGCGCAAAAGGAGGCUGGUGCGCAAGUAUUCGCUGGUAUGAGAACCUCGACGACAUCUGGUGCAACGGAUCCCGCAAAGUUUGGCGAUUGGCUCAAGCACGGAAAAGGAAGUGUUGUUAUGAAGAUGAUGCAGUCGAUGGGUUACAAAGCUGGCGAAGGUCUCGGCUCAUCGGGCCAGGGAAUUAUUGAGCCGGUGCAAGCCGCUGUGCGAAAAGGCCGUGGUGCGGUUGGCGCGUAUGGAAAAGAAAUGACUGGGCCGAAGUUCGGGGAAUCUGCGGCCGAUGCUCAGAAGAGGAAUGCUCAAUCCUCAUCGAAUAUUGAUAAUGAUGAGGUUGGGGAAACUUCGCAGACUACAACGAAAGGUGGAUGGAAAAAAUCGCAAAAGGUCAAAACUCGCUACAGGACCAUUGAAGAUGUUUUAGAAGAAAACGAUAGUGGGUCCGGCUAUCGAGCAUCAAGUACCCAUGCGCAAACCAAAGUUAUUGAUAUGACGGGGCCCCAGCAGAAAGUUUACUCCGGCUAUGAUUCGUUUUCGAUGAAAACCAAAUCGGAAUAUGAAAUUGACACGGAAAAAAGGGAAGUAUUUGAUGUGCCGGAACUUUUGCACAAUUUGAACUUGCUCGUUGAUCUCACCGAAGAAGGCAUUCGAAGGAAUAAUCAUCAAUUAAUUACCUUAAAGGACCAAUCAACUGCACUAGAAUAUGACAUGAAACAAAUUGAAAAAGCUCUAAAAGACGAGGAGGAAGAAGCAAGUCGUAUGAAAAAAGUUUACGAUCUAAUUGAUGGGUUCACUGCGAAGUCCUCUCCGACGAUGAACGAAUGUCAAGAAUUGUUUUUGAAGCUUCGCGACGAAUUUCCGCAAGAAUAUCGAAUGUACCAAUUAGAAUCGGUCGCCAUUCCAUGUGUUCUUCCAUUGAUUAGUCAAUAUUUUUCAAAAUGGAAACCUCUCGAUCCGGACCAUGUUAUUUAUGGUGUUGAAUUGAUGAAAGAAUGGAAGACGAUUAUUGGGAAUGACAAAUCAACGUUUGGCAUGAAUCGGAAUAAUUCGGACGAGAUUCCCGCGUUUGAUCGCCUAAUUUGGGAUGGAUGGCUACCGGCUUUGCGGCGUGCUACCCUUACAUGGAAUCCGAGAGAUGAAAUGAAUCAAAUGAUCGAGCUCAUCGAGACUUGGAUGACAAUUUUGCCAAUUUGGAUCAAGGAAAACAUCUUGGAGCAGCUCAUAGUGCCAAGGAUCAGCGAUCGCGUCAGCAACUGGGAUCCGACGAGCGAUCCUGUGCCGAUUCACUCAUGGCUCGUCCCGUGGCUUGUCAUUCUAGGUGAUCGGAUUCAAGCAGUGAUGCCGCCGAUUCGGCAGAAACUCCAGAAGGCGUUGAAAUUGUGGGAUCCGAAGGAUCGAAGCGCAAUCGGAAUUUUGCGGCCGUGGAAGAAUGUGUGGGCUAAAGGAACGUUUACAGCGUUCUUGGCGCAGAAUAUUGUUCCCAAGUUGUCGACAACACUUGAAGAGAUGGAACUUGAUCCGAGGGUUAAUCCCGAAUACGAUGAAUGGAUCGCUGUGAUGGAUUGGCUUGAAUUGAUCCAUCCCGACGCAAUUGCGAAUAUUGUGGCGAAAAGCUUUUUCCCAAGGAUGUACCGAAUUUUGUGUCAAUGGCUCGACUCACCUGGUGUCAAUAUUCAGGAAGUCAAAAUGUGGUAUGGCGAAUGGAAGAAUCGAAUUCCAGUACAACUUACGAAUUUCCCAAUGAUUAAUGAAAGCCUACGUCGCUGCCUCAUCGCCAUCGGACAAUCAAUGCAAGGCGUUCGUGUCGGGAAUCUGCCGCCUCUUCAAACUCAUCAGCCAACGAUGCCCCAACAUAUUCCGCGGCCGAUGCCAACAGCCAAUAGUCAAUUAUCGCUGAAGGAUGCGAUUGAAAUGACAGCGGCGAGAAAUGGGUUCACGUAUCAUCCGCAAGUGGGACGUCUAAAAGACGGAAGACAAGUGUUCUGGUUCGGUGCCGUUUCGAUAUACAUCGAUGUCGGAAUGGUGUUCGUGAUGGAUCCGGUGAACUUCGUCUGGAGACCGAUUGGAUUGGAUGAGCUUAUUCGGCUAGCAAAAGGGUCCGCCGGUUGA